AUGCUUCGCACACAUGUGAACCUUGCCUGUAAGGCCAUCAUAGCUGCUAUCACCAACAUCGACUACGCGGCAGCUGAUGCGCUGGAAUACGUCCCCCCGGCUUCAAGCACAUUUCAUUAUCUACUUCAGAUCCGGGCAUCAUCCGAGCGACGCAAGGAGUUCAGUGAUUGCGUCAAGGCAGCACUGGAUGGGAAGGAUCUCAAGCUCGUCUGGGACAUGGACGUGCGCUGGUCUUCCACUCUAUUGAUGAUCAUGUGUGCCCUUGAUCUGCAAGAGCCCAUCGAAGUUUUCCUUGAGGAGAAGUUGACCCAUCUUCAACUGGACAGCAAAGAGUGGGACGCGCUCAAUGUCAUUCAAAACAUCCUUUUCGUCCCAUACGCUUUUCAACAGAAGCUCUCCACGGAGAAGAUCCCCACGCUCAACUGCACAAUCCCCAUCUUCAAUGCAAUGGCAAAAUUGUGGGAGCGCCUUUGGGACGAGGACGACAUGCCUCUUGACGCCGUUGACAUCAUUAACGCCGGCCUGGACAAGUUGAGCGAUUAUCGCCAGCGCAUCACCGAUGUCCCAGCCUACUACCUAGCAAUAACCAACUUGUGA